CCCGACUGAUACAGUAAUGACAUUACUAGCCUUCUCGUCUCGUCACCCUUUUUCUUUUUUUUUUCUUUUAAGUAAAAAAUGUAUUUUUCCUUAGUCAUGCACACUAAUUAUUCGUGCAUUAGGUUUAAUUUCACUCAUUUAUCUUUCACUCUCAUCACUCUCGUUGUCUCGCUUCAUUCUUAUCUCCUCGCCUCUCUUCACCUCCCUACCUGUAGUUUUCUCCCCUCGUCCUCGUCCUUUGUCCCUGUCCUCCGCUCCGAGGGCAAAAACAGCCAACGCGCAAGCGGUAAUCUUCCGUUGUGGAGGCGUGCUCUCCUUGCUGCAGGCAGCGGUGACGCCGCCUUGGAGAGAGGGGGAGGGAGGGGUGGACGGGCGGGAAAGUAUGGAGGGGGUGGUGGACCUCAAGUACCAGCCGGUGUUCCCGAACGGCGGCGUGGCCGCGGCGGCCAAGAAGACGGCGAGGCUCGGGGCGGCGGGGGUGUACCGGGAGUGCCUCAAGAACCACGCGGCGAGCCUGGGCGGCCACGCGCUUGACGGGUGCGGCGAGUUCAUGCCGUCGCCGGAGGCCGACCCGGCGGACCCGAGCUCGCUCAGGUGCGCCGCGUGCGGGUGCCACCGCAACUUCCACCGCCGGCUCGCCGAGCUGCCUCCGCCGCCGCCGCUCCUCACCUUGCCACCGCCACCACCACAGCCGUCACUGGCGGCGUUGGUGCCGGCGCCGGCUGCCGCGUCGCACGUCAUGCGUGAUAGCUUCACGAUGCGCGGCGAGGAGACGCCAGACGACCGCGUGCCGGCCGCCUUCGACGAGGAGACCGAGGAGGAGUCGGACGAGGGCUCGGAUUUCGACGAGGACCGCCCGGUGUCGCCGCUGCCGGUGCCGGCCUUGCCGCCGCACGGCUACCGCCAGCAGACCGCGCCGGCGCCGCACAUGCUCCUCGGGCUGAACACUGGCGUGCCGAGCCCGGGCGUGCAAACCCCCGCGGUGGCGCCGAGGCCGCCGCCGCCGCCCGCCUCUGCCUCGCUGGGCCCGAUGCCUCCCGCGCCGCCCGGGACUGUUGUUCCCGGUGCCGCGGCGGCGGCGGCGAGGAAGCGGUUCCGCACCAAAUUCAGCCCGGAGCAGAAGCAGCGGAUGCAGGCGCUGUCGGAGCGGCUGGGCUGGCGGCUGCAGAAGCGCGACGAGGCCGUGGUGGACGAGUGCUGCCAGGAGAUGGGCGUCACCAAGGGCGUCUUCAAGGUCUGGAUGCACAACAACAAGCACAACUUCGUCGGCGGCCACAGCGCGCGCCGCAGCGCCUCAGCCUCUGCCGCCGCCGCCGCGGCCAUCCACCACCAUCCGUCCGACGCAGCCGCCGGCGCUGUCUACCCUUCCUCCUCCCACGGCCACGCCGCCGCCGCCCCAGCAGCAGCACCAGCCGCCGCUGUCCACCACCCUUCCGCCCCGGCCGCUCCUGUCCACGCUGACUUCAACAUCAACGGCGCCGCCGCUGACGCUGCCGACUACUUCCGCGUCCAGCCGUCGACGGCGAGUGGCGGCGGCUCGCCGCAGUCGUCCUAGUCGUCAAGUUAGUGCUAAUUAAUCAGCCAUGGUUACUUGUAGCCAGUAGCCUCGUGUCUAAUUAACCAACCCUAGCUAAUGGAGCGAGCAACGGUGGUUGCAUGGGACUAGGGAGUGAAGCUUGCUGGUCUUUGUUUGUUAAUGGUGGAGCCCGGAGAAGGAUCUCUUAAAAAAAUGUGGGCUUUUGGGAACUGAUCUGGAUGAUGUAAUGAUUCAGGAUUAGUGGUCAUGAGUACAGUAGGGAGUGGUACUAGUAGACUGUUAGUUAGCGUAGCAAAUUGUUCCUGAGCUGUGUACUUGGAUGAUGGUCGGGUGGAUCCGAUGUCAAUCUCCUGUUCGUUUCGCUUGAA